AUGCAUCGGUCCGCGAGCACGACGCGAGCUUCGGAGGAGUACCUUGUGAGCCUGGCGCAGGGCGGGCCAAGGUCGGCUAUGGAGAUGGACCAGUUGCCGACCUACGACCCCCAGUCGGAGACCGCCAAGAAGGAGGCUCUUCGGGCUCGCUUUGCCGAGAACAUGGUUCAUGUCAUCCCUUUGGUCAUCGUCUUCUGUGCCUUGGUCCUCUGGUUCUUCUCCUAUCCGGAUAUUGAUUUUGCAAGCAAAGAUGAUGCCAUUCUUGCCAGAAUCAAGAACUUGACGAUUGAUGGAUAUAGCAACUGGAAUGGUACAUCAAUGGCAAUUAGUCUCGGGAGUGCGGAUGCGAUUGAUGCUACUGGUGUGGAACAAACUGGAAGUGAGUUGGAGAACAAAGAACUCGGGUAA